AUGCACGGCCAGUUUCGAUACAGAACUUGGAGCGCCUUUAACAGUGGUUGCGUACAGAACCGGUGAACGUUGAUCACUUGGAAACUUUUCGAUAGAACGAGCCGGGCAGUUCGCAUCGGACAGUUUCUAGAAGCUUUCCGCUAAGGGAUCGUUGACGGACGUGUACGAGGACAGAAGUCAACGAACGGUUUUUCGUGUCUGAUGAGCUCCUCCGUCGCACCGCUGGUGGUAAGAUGGCUGUACAGUUGGACGGAGGAGGGAAGGAGGACUUGAAAACGCAGUUUGUCACGCGGGAAGGAACGUACAAGCUAAUGACUUUGUCGGAGUAUUCGAGACCGAACAGGGUCGGUUACACGAAUAGCCAAGGGAGCGCAUCCGUGAGGGUGUCCUUCGUGACUUUACCGGACCCAGCGGAUCCUACGGGUACGCAAGGUCUCGGUGAUCGGAUGUGUUUCAAUUUUGGGAAGGAGCUUUACGUUUACGUCUAUCGAGGAGUUAAAAAGGCUGUGGAUUUAAAUAAACCAGUGGACAAGAAAUUGUAUAAGGGAACUAAUCCAACUUGCCAUAACUUUAAUCAAACGACAGCAACAGCGGACAGUGCGCCAUUAUUAGUGGGUUUCUCCACGGGACAGAUCCAACUGAUAGAUCCGAUAAAAAAGGAACUGAGCAAAUUGUAUAAUGAAGAUAGGUUAAUAGAUAAGAGCAAGGUGACGUGUAUAAAAUGGGUUCCUGGAUCGAACAAUCUGUUCUUGGUGUCUCACAGUUCCGGACAGUUGUAUCUGUACAACGAAGAGCUUUUGUGCGGGACGACGGCGCCUCACUACCAGUCUUUCAAGGCGGGAGACGGUUACGCCAUAUACACCUGUAAAACGAAGUCGACGAGGAACCCACUGUACAGAUGGGUGAUCGGUGCGGAAGGAUGUUGUAUAAACGAAUUUGCCUUUAGCCCGUGCGGUUCGAACUUGGCGGUCGUCUCCCAAGACGGGUUCCUGAGAGUGUUCCAAUACAACACGAUGGAGUUAGUGGGCUCGGCUCGGAGUUAUUUCGGCGGAUUCUUGUGCGUAUGCUGGUCCCCGGAUGGAAGAUACGUCGUCGUGGGUGGCGAGGACGAUCUGGUGACCAUCUGGAGCUUUCACGAGAAGAGGGUGGUGGCCAGAGGCCAGGGCCACCACAGCUGGGUGAGCGUGGUGGCGUUCGACCCUUAUACCACGUCGUACGGAGACCACGAUCCCGACUUCAGUGGCUCGGACGACGAGGCAUUGCCACACAACAACCACAAUCAUUUCCACGAGAGAUCUAAUCGUUUGUCGACGACGACGUCGCAAGGAGUUCAUUCGAACAGGAACUCUUGCGGUUCGGAAUUGAGAGUGUCGGGCGGGACGUGCUACAGGCUAGGCAGCGUCUCGCAGGACACUCAACUGUGCUUGUGGGACAUCACGGAGGAUGUGCUGAGGCAACCGAUGUGCGCGAAACAGAGGCCAUCCACGACUAGCUCCGGUGUCCUAGCUACGCCUGGCACUGGAACGGUCAGCAGUGGGAACGGAGCGACGAUGAAUCAUUUGAACAAUUCUAAACAUAAUAACUUGAACAAUAUUAAUUGCAAAGAGAACGCGAGUGGUAAUAAUGAAAGUAGUAAUAAUAGCAUGAGUACAAAUACGGCGGUGUCGACCGUAAAUUCGUUGACGCAGAGGCUAGCAGGCCUCGGGUUCGGUGAGCGCAAAGGUGAUAAUCACAAAAGGAACUUCAGCCUGACGAUGAGAGGCAGUGGUGCGUCCAAUAGCACGAUAAUGCAGAACAGUGGCGGAGACAAGGCUACCGCCAAUUCGAACACGAAUAGUAGUAAUAUGAACAGUGUCAGUGGAAGUUUAGUAGGUGCGAAUAAAAAGAUUAAUUCAGUGACGGACGAUCCUAUGAGACUGAUAGGAACUGCCCGGUGUCCUAGGUUCGACGAGUGCCCAGUGCUCGAACCACUGGUGUGCAAGAAGCUGGCCCACGAAAGAUUGACUGAGUUAGUGUUUAGGGAGGAUUGCUUCGUGACGGCGUGUCAAGAUGGAUACGUCUACACGUGGGCGAGGCCUGGUCACAUGACGAUCAUGGACGAAUCUUCCGACAAUUUAAAUGGCAUGCCAGGAAUAGGACAAGUCGGAAGUGCUCUACACGUUGUCAGUCCCGCAGAAAGUGGCGGUACCAUAGUAUAGCCAGAACCAGACGUUGACACUUCCUCGAACCACGAAGAAGAACACGUCCCUUUGACGCGUACGCCGCAAUCUCCAGAGACGCAGUAUCAGCCGUGUACCCGCCACCCUCAUUUGUACUACGUGUGGCCGAGUGAAAAUUAUUCCAGUAUCGUUUGAGACAUCAGCGAGCCGAACCGGUGCGUCUCUAAACGGUCGACCGUUUAGAGACGUUCUUAAUUCGUAGUCACUUAUCAAUUUCGGAUGGGACACCGAUCGUCUCCUUCUCUUCCUCGAAUCGACGACGAAGACGUUCAAAUUUCGUAACAUACCACAAAUUUUAUAAGAGACUCCAGCGAAAGUGACGAGUAAAUCGCGUGUACGUGUAUAUAUGUAUACACAUGUGUGAUCUUACGUACUGUACUAAGAAUCAUUCCAAUAAUAUCUCGUUAGCAGAACAAAUUUCAAUUGAACGGUGUUGAUGUCAGAGUGCUUGUACGUACUGUCAGAAACUUUUGUAUCAUCAAAGUUUAACGUAUGUACAUACAUGUAAUUGUUUAAAGAGACAGGAAUUCAAAUGGUUUGCUUUGUACAGAUCGAUAGCAGCGAUGCAACUGUUGUAAUCAGUCAGAGCAAUGUGUAAAUACGAGAUGUUACGAGCAUGUUUGCAUGCUCGUUGUUCGGGAAUCGAUCGUUCUUGUCGCGGGUAAAGAGCGAACUGGAUCGAUUUUAAAGCAAUGUCCAUGUCGGUUCGUUCGAUUUGAUCCAAGUAUCGUUUCAUUCGAGUUUCGUGUCAUUCGUUUUAAGAAGUAUCGAUUGACGACACGUUACCUGUACGUUUCAUUUCUCUCGUUGCCGGAGCUAACUGAAUUAUGCCUCGAUGUGACGAGGUCGGAUGUUGCGAGGAUAGAACAUUUUUACUCGUCCUGCGACAGACGGUUGUAUGUUAUUUCUACGAAACUUGUUUGUUUUGUUGGAGAUCUGUAACGAGUGCAACGGUCGAUGUACGAUCAGUUGAGAGUUGAUACAAAACACGACUUCAUAUCUGAGAGCUAGAAAAAAUGUGUCUGACUGAUGACUUAUUAAAAGUUCGAUCGACUCUGACUUCUGUCGUGUGUACUACAAUAAUUAUUUUAGAAUUCAGCUAGUCGAGUUCACGUCUGAAAACAACGAAUAAACGAACGUUUUUAUAUAGUUCUCAGAUAGAAAAGUCCGACAGAAUAAUUGAACAACUAUAAACGUACGAAUAUAGACGAUAGUUAUUUAAUAUUCUAACGAUAGACAGUAUUUCAUGUUACAUACAUAUUCCAUACGGCGAUACUAUUCGUUGCAUUAUAAAAGUAAAUGAAUAAAAAUAUAUACGCGUUGAGAUAUUGAAGUCGAGAUGUAAUAAAAACGAUAUUGCAUCGUCGUCAUUUUUAAUAGGUACGAAGAGGGCGAUAAGUUUUUUCACACUUUUUCAUGGGCAUUUCUUUCAGAAUAAAAGAUAACUCGGCGAUUACAAAGACGCAGGCUGUAACGCUGAAUCGAAACGUUUCGUUUGGCCAAUUGUUACGAGCCAGUGGUUCUCGGACAAUAAUACGACGAAUCAUCAGACGCAUUUUAAAAGAUGUUCACGACACUACUUCACGAUUGUUGAAAGCGUAAUAAGGAUAAAUUUACAUUUUAAUCACGGAGAAUCACUGGCCACAGCGUAUCAUUCCUUUCCGGACAUUUUUUUAUAGAAGUAUUGAAUGUACCUCGAAACAUAUUUUUCUGUACAUUCGUAUGUAUACAUAUACACGGUACGUAAUUGCACGUAAACGAAUUGUAAAAUGUAUGUGCAUAAUCGCGUGUAUACACUUAUGUGCCGACGAUAACUCUGUUUUUAUACAGAUAGAUACGAGACCGUUUCGAAAGCUGUACGUUUUAACACGAUGCACCGUGAGCAAGAGGACACGACGAGAGCCCUGUUGAAUUUUUACGUUCGUACAAUUUUUAAACGCGUGCAAUUAUUGCAGAAGCAGCGUCGUGACUCUCAUAGUAACUGCCGAUAAUGAUUGAUGAGACAGGAGACGUGACGAAUUUUGAUAGCGUUGCAUCGAGCAUGAAAACGCUUUUCAAUGAGUAAUAAUGAGAAUGAUUAACAUAGCUAUUACGUAUGUGUGCUAAAAUUGUUGAUUUCCGUCUAAACUCCUCGAGGUAUACUGUGAUACGUGAUGCGUACAUGCUUGACACUGACUAAUAGUUACCUGACUGUAAGUGAACGAGUAACGAAAGUGAGAAUAAAAUCGUGGUAACGCCGUGAAUCGCGUUGCCGAGUCGUCGCGCGUCCAAAGAAGGCGAACGCCAACACCUUUGACUGUACUCGUCGAUGUCGAACGUUUUUCACUGUAUCGAUAGGCCUUAUCGAGCCGAUAGCGGGUGAUAGUGAUCGCGGAAGCUGGCCUGUUAGAUACCACGAGCUACGUUUCAUUUGUCGGAUCCGAAGAUUUAUAAUGUUCCUACUUCGUAAACCGAGUAACGAAUUUAUAACGAAAUGAAUACGUUUUACCUCGUGACUGAUCACCACCGAAAAUUGUGUCAGAACGAUGACCGAAAAUCGCCUCGAUCAACGAGCAGACCUUUCCUCGACUUUCGUACGUUACGAUCACCCGAUUUACUUGUUGAAUCGUUGUAUCGUUUAAAAACGUUUUUCCUUCUCGUAAAGCGAACAAGAUUUCUUUACGUAAAUAAAGUUUAUACAUACACAUAGUUUACGGCGACACUGCUUCGUAGUAUUUUGUACGUACAUACACGUGUGUGUAUGAUGAUCGUACGAUUACCAAGAAAUCUAACGCUGUGAAUUUACGACAUCGUCUGGCUGAUUACACACGUCUAUGCAGAUGCACCUAACAUAAGGACAAUUGAUCGUUUUACACGUACUUGGCAGUUUUUUUAUGAAAAUGUUUUCGCGCAUAGUUUUACACGACGUCGCAUCGAAUUUCUGAUUCUUUUCACGUUUUACUUCAAUUAUUUAUAAGAGUGUACAUUCUUUGUAAUUACAAAUGAAGGAAAAAAAAAUUAAUUGUUA